CUCUAGAUUUAUGCCAACACCUGGGUGGCCAAGUUCACGCGCAUCCCGUCAUCCAAGAAGCAGCAUGACCUCUGAGGGCAACAUUGUGGUCGUGCAGGAGGAAACAAGCCAGUCUAAGGAAGUUUCUACCCCGAAGAGAGCUGGUGUGGUGUCCACAGCGCUCUGUCGAAUUUCUCAGAUUUGGCCGCUCAGAUUGGUGAUGCGUGCUUUCCGCGGAUUCUGGUGGUUUUUCGGUUUCUCUGGUCCCGAGAAGCCCCUGUCCCCUGCUGGAGUCGAGUCUCCCACACGCACCUGUCAGACGGGCCGCAAGCGACUAUGGAGAGCCACUCGCAUACUGCUAGCCGUCAUCCCCGGCAGGAUUCGCAAUGCGCUGGGCUACCCGGUGUGCACCAGCAUCGGCCGCACAGUUUGCUCAGAGGUGCAGUUUUCCCCUACCAAACCCCAUGGCAAGGGCAGCAAGAGGAAACAAGAUGACGUGGAGGAUGAUGACGAUGAGGAAGAGGUGGAGCAGCCAUCCUGGGUCGACGCCCUCAAUCAGGAGCUGAGCGGCGAACAGGAUCCAAAUGACCCGGACUAUGAGCCUACCAGUGUAGUGACCGACAGUGAGGAGUACUGCUCUCACAACGACACCGAGAGCGACAUUGAGGUUCAAGACGGCCAUGCUGUAAUUAAAGACGUCAACCAGGAAGCGGCCACCUCAGACUCUCCUGAUUCGGAUGACCCUGACUGUGAGGUCCUGUUGCAGGAUGCGGAUGUGGGUGCGUCUGAUGCACCUGACUCAGAGGACCCUGACUAUGAGCCUGGCAACGUAGUCACGGACAGUGAGGAGUACUGCUCCCAUAACGACACUGGGGACAUGAGCGAACUUGACGUUGACCAAGGUGUUGUUGUAAUCGAGGAUGUCAAAGCGCCUAGCGGAGAUGAGCAGAGUAACGGAGAUGGCUACACUGAAUUUGAGAAGGGUGCCAAGGAUGUUGAAAAGGAGGUGGCCAAAAACUGAAUGAAUGAGAUUCUGGAAUGUCUGUUCAAAUGUGUUUUUCUACAUGUUGUUUGUUAUAUAUUCAGAAAUAAAAAAAUGUUUUCAAA